CGAGAAAAUUCAAUCUCUCUCUUUCUUCGUCUGAGUUUUUCAUUUCUUAGAUCAAAUCCAAAAGUCUUCCCUGCCUCUUUUUGGCUGUCAAAUCUCACUGGAGAGUAAUUUGAUUUUGCCGGCGAGUUAGCGGCGUCGAUUGAUCGGAAAACACGGCUAACUUGUUGAAAAGUCCGGCGGAGGAGCUCUCUGGAUUGGAAGAAAGUGAGGAUGGGGAGCAUGAACAACAGCGUGGAUACGGUUAAUGCUGCCGCUACUGCGAUCGUCUCUGCCGAGGCUCGAGUCCAGCCUCCGACACCUCCAAAACGAAGAUGGGGUAGCUGCUGGAGUCUGUACUGGUGUUUUGGCAUUUGUUCACAGAAAAACAAUAAGCGUAUCGGUCAUGCUGUGCUUGUUCCGGAACCUGCAGUACCAGGAGCUGUUGCCCCUGCUGUUGAGCAUCGAACACCUUCAACCACCAUGGUAUUACCUUUUAUUGCCCCACCGUCUUCUCCUGCAUCUUUCCUCCAGUCCGAACCUCCAUCAAAUACUCAAUCUCCUGCUGGAUUACUAUCUUUAACUGCUCUUUCAGUCAAUAACUAUUCCCCAAAUGGACCUGCGUCCAUUUUUGCAAUAGGCCCUUAUGCAUAUGAGACCCAGUUGGUCUCACCUCCAGUUUUUUCUGCCUUCACCACUGAACCAUCAACUGCUCCUUUUACUCCUCCUCCUGAGUCUGUGCAACUGACGACGCCCUCAUCUCCUGAAGUACCAUUUGCUAAAUUGCUGACAUCUUCUCUAAGCCAUACUAAUAAAAGUUUUGGGACUAACCAGAAGUUUACACUAUCGCAUUGUGAUUUCCAGCCUUAUCAACCCUACCCAGGAAGCCCUGGUGCUCAUCUUAUAUCACCUGGAUCAGUAAUUUCAAACUCUGGAACAUCUUCUCCUUUCCCUGAUAAACACCCCAUUCUUGAGUUCCGCAUGGCAGAUGCUCCUAAGCUUUUGGGUCUCGAACAUUUUACAACUCGCAAAUGGAUCUCAAGAAUGGGUUCUGGAUCUUUGACGCCAGAUGGUACCGGUUUAGGUUCUAGGUUAGGUUCAGGAACUUUGACCCCUGAUGGUAUCGGUAUGGGUUCGAGAUUGGGAUCUGGAUCAGUGACUCCAAAUGGUGUAAGGCAAGAUUCAAGAUUGGGUUCUGGAACCUUGACGCCUGAUGGUUUGGGGCAUGGCUUGCAAGAUGGUCCAUUGUUGGAUCACCAAAUAUCUGAGGUGGCUUCCCUUGCCAACUCAGAAAGUGGAUGUCAAAAUGAUGUGACAAAUCAUAGGGUGUCAUUUGAGUUGACUGGUGAAGAUGUUGCACGCUGUCUUGCAAACAAGUCAAUGACAUCUAGAACCGGAUCAGAGUCUCCAAAGCAAACAAGCACAAGCUAUCAAACCGAAAACAAAGAAUCAUCCAGAGAAGCUGAAACUUGUGAGCUCUUUGACAUCAAAACUUCCACAGCACCAGAGAAAACUUCAGUCGAUGAUGAUCAGUGCUACCAAAAUCAGCGAGCCAUAACUCUUGGUUCGUUCAAAGAGUUCAACUUCGACCAAACGAAAGGAGAAAUAAACAACACAGCCUCCAUUGGUGCAGAGUGGUGGGCCAAUGAAAAGGUGGCCGUGAAGGAAGCUAAUCCAGGUAACAACUGGACUUUCUUCCCAUUGUUGCAACCUGGGGUCAGCUGACUUUGACAAGGAUAUCAACAGUAAAAAGAAAAGAAGAAGAAACAACCAAUCAGCCUUUUGAAUGUACAUUUGAAUGUAAUCUUCCUUUGGAGAUGCAAUGAUUUGGAGGAAAAGAAUGUUUUUUCGAAGUUGUCUUGUGAAAACAGUAUUCCAAUAGACAGCAGCAGAAAGAAAAGUAGUCAUUAGGGAUAACUUGUGUGGGUACUGAAGGGGCAUUCUUUGUCAUAGCUCAAGAAGUAGAUCAUUCAUAAUCAUAGGAUCUUUGAAGUGGUUUAUUCUUUCUUGUCUUGUAUAAUAAUAAGAAAUUUCAUUCUUCCCCAACAAUGAAACUUCCUUUAUGGAAAACUCUCUGUUGAUUUUA